AUGGCCACGGAUUGCCGACCACCACUUCAGGCUAUCUCGCCCGCUUCGACGAACAAAACUUCGAUAUCAGGCCGCCGGCAUCAUGGCUACAAAAAGAUCCGAUGGAAAAAGUACGAUCCCAGCAAGAAGUCUCCAAACUCAGCUCCGGAUCAGUUUGUACAGUGGCAACCCCCGGACUCAGCACGAGACGAAGAUCAGGAGGAGACUGUCCAUCGCAAGUCGAAAUCCAGUGACGCGAGACAAAAUCCGCAUGCGAAGGCACUAGUCUUGGCUUCUCCAGUUGAGCCUCUUCCACUGAACGGAACGCGCGAGGAUCCAUUCCUAGUCCUGCCCAUCAAAUCAACUGAAACGGUCCAAGACACCUUAGACUACUACAUCACCAUCUGCAAAGGCUUCAACAACAAAAAGUCGGUCGUCCCUGGCCCGGUCAAUCCUCAUCUAUCGCUCUUACUGCCUUAUGCACUUAAGCAUACCAUUCUGUUUGAGUCUAUCAUAACAGUCUGUCGAGCAUCCAUCCUCAUUUCGCUUGGACGACCGAUAUGGGAAGACUACGCCUUCGUUCACCACCGUGGCAGCGCCAUAGCAGGUCUUAAUGAAAAGCUCAAAUCGAACGAGGCUACCGACGAUGCAGCCUUGCUAACCGUUACGAUGCUCAUGACUCUCGAGUAUCUUUCCGGAAACCAACGAGGCGUGAUAAUGCAUUGCAAAGGUUUGGAGAAAAUGCUGGAGCUCCGCGGGCCACUCUCCGAGACGGGCGAUCCGGACUCGGAAACCGACUGGGUGAGAUUCGUCAGACAUGGUCUGAUAGCAUACAAAGCUCUAGGUUCCUUUGUGACGGGCCAGCCCCCAGAAGUACCUCGCGACUCGGUCGGCUACCUUAGGGAAACUUUCCAGGAACUCCACCUCGAUCAACCACUUGCCUAUCCCGAAACUCCAUUUCCGCCGGACUUAUGCAUUAUCCUCUCUCGCCUUCCCUCGGGAGUCUCCGAACUCUGUCUUGCGUCCCGGAUAUCUGUGCAGAUGAUCAAACUCCUCGCCUCCAUCUCAGCGGCCACCACGCUCCUAGCGACCGAAACUGUCAGCUACGAAAACCUCCUUGACCGUACCUGGACCCCGCCUUCGGAGUUGCCACUCCCCGAUUCGUCCCAGUACGACGAAGAAUGGAAGCAAACAAUGAUUCAAACUAUCCUCUCCUCUCUUCAGCGAAUGUCGCUAACAUCCACCUGCCCGGUCGAAUACCACUUCACCAUGGGUUUGCUGGCCUAUAUCUUCCAGCUCCGGGGUCUAACGGCAGUGAACCUCUUCUACGAUCCCAUCCUCCGCAAAUUCAUCACCACCUUGCUAACCCACACCAAACCGGCUUCGCUCCCGGAACAAAACUGCCUGGUUUGGUCCAGUAUGGCAGUUGCAGGAUCUCUUGCCCUGCGGGUCGUUCCCAUGCCUGACUCCCACUUGGUUAUGGAGCAUGCGUUGGAUCUUUACCCACAGGCCCGCCAAUGGGCUCGCCUGGAAAAGGUUCUGCGUACAUUCUUCUAUACCAAAGAAAUUGGCGCACACUGGAAACGCGUCUGGCAAUCCGCCAUGAAGAGGCGGGAGUUUGUGCUUGUUCAACGACAACAGGUACGUUACAGCGACGCGAAGAUUGACAAUGGCAUGAAUGAGGACGGUGAACCACAAGAGCAAAGUCAUCUGUCAAAACAGAAUCCGCCGGAUUCUCCAGAUUUCGACAUGAACUCCGAAGCGAUAAGGGCACAUAUCCGCCAACACAUCGCCGGCGCGCCGAAGACGAUAGCCGAAAUGACCCAGGCCAUGGGGCUCUGCCCAUUUCGGCCGCAGCCGUCAUUGCCUUCAUCAGCGAGUUCUGCAUAUACUACGACUGCGACGACAAGCCCGAACACUCUAUCAACUCCAUCACCAAAAGCGACAUAA